GAUGAGCUCGGAUCUUCGCUUUCUGCCGGGGGGCGUGACUUGAGUCCCCGCCUCCUGGGCUGAGAGUGGAGGGGGAGGGGGAUCGCUAAGGCCUGUUACUAAUUCGCUGCCUGUUUGCUGUCUCGUGGAGGGCGCAGAGUUUUCAGAUAGGGGAGAGCAAGGGGCGAGGCUGGACCAGGUGGGAGCUGGAUAGGUGGAGUCCCAGGACAUGACACAGGCUGCACACCGCAGCCAUGGGGUCUCAGCAUUCUGUCUCUGCUCGCCCUGCCUCUUGCCAGCGAAAGGAAGAUGACGGGGAGGAUUUGCUGGCUGAACGAGAGCAGGAAGACGCCAUCGCUCAGUUCCCAUAUGUAGAGUUUACGGGGAGAGACAGCAUCACCUGUCUCACGUGCCAAGGAACAGGCUACAUCCCAACAGAGCAAGUCAAUGAGUUGGUGGCUUUGAUCCCUCACAGUGAUCAGAGAUUGCGCCCUCAGAGAACUAAACAAUAUGUCCUCCUAUCGGUCCUGCUCUGUCUCCUGGCAUUUGGCUUGGUGGUUUUCUUCCUGUUUCCACAUUCAGUACUCGUGGAUGAUAACGGCAUCAAAGUGGUGAAAGUCACAUUUAAUAAACAGGACUCCCUUGUAAUCCUCGCCAUCAUGGCCACCCUGAAAAUUAGGAACUCCAAUUUCUACUCUGUGGCCGUGACUAGCCUGUCCAGCCAGGUUCAGUACAUGAACACAGUGGUUGGCACAUAUGUCACCACUAACGCCUCGCUCAUUCCUCCACGGAGUGAGCAACUGGUGAAUUUCACAGUGAAGGCUGAGAUGGGAGGACUGUUUUCCUAUGUGUACUUCUUCUGCACAGUACCUGACAUCUUGGUACACAACAUAGUUAUCUUCAUGCGGACUUCCGUGAAGAUUUUAUACAUUGGCCAUAUGACGCAGAGCUCCCUGGAGACACAUCACUAUGUGGACUGUGGAGCAAAUUCCACAGCUGUUUAGUACCAGCUCUUGGUUCUCUCAUAACAGCACCUGUAGAAGAGAGCCAAUCUCAGGGGUUCCCAGGGCCCAGAUUCUCUACUAAUCCCACAUGGUGUAAGUGGAGGAGGAAUUGGUUCUUUUAAGCCCUAGCAAACAUCCUCCUGCCACUCAGAGGGAGAUUCCUUUCUGCAUCACCACGUGUGUUUCUCAGAACCAGCAGAAUCACUGCCCAGUGCCUAACCCAUGCCCAGCAAAUAGUCGGCACUCAAUAAAGGUUUGAAGACUUUAAUUCAGGUCUUUUCAGCCAUUCUUGAGGCAUUAUAAGCUGAAAUUGUACCAGGGUUCUAAGUUGUCAAAACAGAGUGAUGUAGAGGUAGGAUUGUUAAUACAGCUGUGGACAUACUGGUGCCUCAUCUGCACAGAAGCGGCAGCAGGGAGGGACAACUGUAAUACAUAGAGGAGAUAGCACAGUAUAUGCACUUGUUUUGUUUGUUCCCAAACGCCUAAGCUUUUAAAAAAGAAAGUUGUUCUGGGCAUGGUGGCUCAUGCCUGUAAUCCCAGCCACUUGGGAUGCAGAGGCAGGAGAAUUGCAAGUUCAAGGCCACCCUGGACAAAAGGUAGCAAGACCCUGUCUCAAAAUAAUAAUAAAGUAAAGUUGAAGUAAAGCAUUUUUUCCCCUGUAGAAGGAUAUUACAAUUGUUUCUACCAAAACUCUGUGUGGGGCUUGAUUUACCCUUCAUCCAUUGGCUUGGAAUGGAGAUUUGAUAGAAAAAUUUGGUAGAAAAUAAA